ACUCUGGAGGGAAGGAACAAGCGAAGCUGCACUGGGUUUGGACCAAGCUAACACUGAGCAUUAAUUAUUAAAAUACGUCCUCAAUAGUCCCUGCACACGUCCUCAAGUAGCCUAGUGUUACGGUGAUUUGAAACUGUGAAUUGAUAUAAACUGUUAACAAUUUACUGCAACAACCAGCACACAUCAUAGAAGCACGGGGUAACCUGGAGUUCGGAAAGCAAUCACGGCGGUGUGGGAGUAUUGGGUGAUUCCACAAAACAGAGACGCACUUGCAUCACCUCACCGUGCGCUUUUCUUUCUUCACAAGGGGCACAGCGUAGGCUUGCGCAGCGUUGGUUUGGCAGUGAGAGAUCUCUGUCAUCCGCAGGGUCUUGUGAGCGUGUGAUGCCCAGGAUUGUGGAGAGAGAUCCUCAUAGUCCAACUAGUGUGAGAAACAUAGCCAGUCUUCUCUCAAGCUCCCUUAUAUCAGUCAAACAACUCCUCAGGGAUGCCAGGUACAUACAUCAGCAGCUCUUUGAAACCCAGAGAGAACCAUCCCUAACCCUGCCCUGAUCCAGAGAGGAGGGGCACCCAUGGUAUGCCCCACCCUUUGUACCAGCCAACACCAACCAGCUGCCUGCCGCUCUGAUCUCCCAGUGCCACACUGCCCUGACCCUCUGUCCCGCUCUCCCACACUGCUACCAUCAUGGAGGGGGACUCCAAACACCCAUCCCUCUUCCUUUACUGCUCUCUGUUCCUACUGACCACCAAAUUCUACUGGCCAUUGGUCUCUGCAACUCAGAGGCCCCCAGACACCCAGCUGCCUCUACAGGAUUUCGCCCACUCCAUCCGGCUGGACGGGGACAUCAUGCUAGGAGGCCUAUUCCCUGUGCACUCUCGUGGGGAGAGAGGUGUGCCCUGUGGAGAACUAAAGAAGGAGAAGGGCAUUCACAGGCUAGAGGCCAUGCUGUUUGCUAUUGACCUGAUCAACAAGGACCCGGACCUGCUUCCCAACGUGACCCUGGGAGCGCGUAUCCUCGACACAUGUUCUAGAGACACCUAUGCCCUGGAGCAGUCACUGACCUUCGUCCAGGCCCUCAUCGAGAGGGAUGGCUCAGACGUGCGAUGUGCCAGCGGGGAGCAGCCCAUCUUUGCCAAGCCGGAUAAGGUGGUGGGGGUCAUUGGGGCUUCAGCUAGCUCUGUGUCCAUCAUGGUGGCCAACAUCCUUCGGCUUUUCAAGAUCCCUCAGAUCAGCUAUGCAUCCACUGCACCCGAACUGAGUGACAACACACGCUAUGACUUCUUCUCCCGUGUGGUGCCACCAGACUCCUACCAAGCUCAGGCCAUGCUGGAUAUCGUCACAGCGAUGGGCUGGAACUAUGUGUCAACCCUGGCCUCUGAGGGGAAUUACGGCGAAAGUGGCGUGGAGGCUUUUGUCCAGAUCUCCAGGGAGUCCGGGGGUGUGUGCAUUGCCCAGUCUCUGAAGAUCCCCAGGGAGCCUAAGCCGGGGGAAUUUGACAAGCUCAUCCUGCGACUGCUGGAGACCUCCAACGCCCGAGCCGUCAUCAUGUUUGCCAAUGAGGACGACAUCAGGCGUAUCCUUGACGCUGCCAAACGCCUGAACCAGACCGGUCACUUCCUGUGGGUGGGCUCCGACAGCUGGGGCUCCAAGAUCUCCCCUGUGGUUCAGCAGGAGAGAGUGGCAGAGGGGGCCGUCACAAUCCUCCCCAAGAGAGCCUCCGUGGACGCCUUUGAUCGCUACUUUCGAAGCCGCUCCCUUUCCAACAACCGAAGGAACGUAUGGUUCGCUGAGUUUUGGGAAGAAAACUUUGUUUGCAAGCUAGGGAUGCAUGGCAAGCGACCUGGGAGCCCAAAGAAGUGCACAGGACUGGAGAAGGUUGGUCGUGACUCAACCUACGAACAGGAGGGAAAGGUACAGUUUGUGAUGGAUGCGGUCUAUGCAAUGGCCCACGCCCUUCACCACAUGCACAGAGAGCUCUGCUCUGGGUACCCAGGCCUGUGCCCUCGCAUGGCCAACAUUGACGGGAAGGAGCUACUGAUCUACAUCCGGGCUGUAAACUUCAAUGGAAGUGCUGGUACUCCAGUCACAUUUAAUGAGAAUGGUGAUGCUCCAGGGCGCUAUGACAUCUUUCAGUACCAGAUCAACAACCGGUCCACAGCAGGCUACAAGGUCAUUGGCCACUGGACCGACCAGCUUUACUUAAAUAUAGAUGCCAUGCAGUGGACCAAUGGAGAUUCCUCUGUGCCUGCCUCAGUGUGCAGCCUGCCCUGCAAGAUGGGCGAGAGAAAGAAGGUGGUGAAGGGCGUACCAUGUUGCUGGCACUGCGAACGCUGUGAGGGCUACCAUUUCCAGGCCAGUGAGUUUGUAUGUGAGCUGUGCCCGUAUGAGCAGCGCCCCGACCAGAACCGCACCGGGUGCCAACCUAUCCCGAUCAUCAAGCUGGAGUGGCACUCACCCUGGGCAUUGGUGCCAGUCUUCAUCUCUGUGCUGGGCAUUCUGGCUACCACCUUUGUCAUUGUCACCUUUGUGCGCUACCAUGACACGCCCAUUGUCCGAGCUUCGGGCCGGGAGAUGAGCUAUGUUCUGCUAACGGGCAUAUUCCUUUGCUACGCUAUCACCUUCCCCAUGAUCGCAGCCCCUGACGUUUCCGUUUGCUCCUUCAGGCGCAUCUUCCUGGGCCUGGGGAUGUGCUUCAGCUAUGCGGCUCUGCUUACCAAAACCAACCGCAUCCACCGCAUCUUCGAGCAGGGCAAGAAGGCCGUGACUGCGCCGCGGUUCAUCUCCCCAGCCUCCCAGCUGGUCAUUACCUUCAGCCUGAUCUCUGUCCAGUUACUGGGAGUUUUGGUGUGGUUCGCCGCCGACCCACCACACACGGUGGUGGACUAUGGCGAGCAGCGCACGCAGGACCCAGAGAAUGCCCGCGGGGUUCUCAAGUGUGACAUCUCGGACCUCUCACUCAUCUGCUCACUUGGAUACAGUAUCCUCCUGAUGGUCACAUGCACUGUUUACGCCAUCAAGACCAGGGGAGUGCCGGAGACCUUCAAUGAGGCCAAGCCUAUUGGAUUUACUAUGUAUACUACAUGCAUCAUUUGGUUAGCUUUUAUACCGAUCUUCUUUGGGACGGCACAGUCAGCGGAAAGGAUGUACAUCCAGACAGCCACGCUGACCGUUUCCCUCAGCCUCAGCGCCUCCGUCUCUCUGGGGAUGCUCUACAUGCCCAAGGUCUACAUCAUCAUCUUCCACCCCGAGCAGAACGUCCCCAAGCGAAAGCGCAGCUUCAAGGCUAUUGUCACCGUUGCCACGAUGACCAGCAAGUUGUCCCAGCUGGCCUCUGAGCGACCCAACGGGGAGGUGAAGACAGAACUCUGCGAGGGCACGGAUGCCAGCAUGCCAUCAUCCAAAACAACAUAUGUCAGCUACACCAAUCAUGCUAUCUGAAGAGUGAAGCCCAGAAUAGAGGAUUACGGAGGAAUUCCACAUGCAGACUUGGAAGUGUCAGAUACACACAUGACAGGGCCCUCCAACAAGCAUGAGACAUUGAUAUUGCUCUGAGUCAAAAUGACAACCAAGAAGGUGGCAGCCAAAAUAAAUAUGCCUGCUCUUUCAUGUUCACAGACAGAGUUAAAUGGCCUGCUAGAAGCAGACAACAUAGAAUGAAUGGUCACUAAACAAAUCAUCCAAGAGACAGGAUGGUGAAGCAAGGCCAAAAUCAAAACCUCAUUUAAAACAGAAUUUUAAAAGAAUUUGGUGGGAUCAACCAUGUUAGUUGUUAUUCUAGUUGUAUGUAUUUUGUGGUUGUGAAGAUUUCAAAUUUUUGUCUCAUGUCGUCUGACCUGCUUUACGAGAUGAGUUGAUCUCUGUAUCGGCUAACUGAAUUGUAGCCUUGAGUUGUGAAAUCUGUAAAUGCCAUGGUUUAAGCAUGCACAUUUUUAUACAAAUACUUUAUUUAUAAUAAAGGAAUGUUUUGGGAAUGUU